UUAAACAUGGACGGUUUUAUAUUAGCGACCUCUGUCGGUUACAAUUCAUACUCAUGAAUAGAGAUUCCUCAUAACAACUUACUCGUAAUUCCGUUUAACUUUUUUUUUUUCUUUAAUUUGUGGACAAGGGAGGACUGAGAUCGCUGAUCAGGGAUGAUUAAAUGGGUUAAGUUACGAUAAUUAUAACAACAGUUAACGUUUUAAGGCACUCGGCGGAUAGAAUUUUGAUACCAUGGCUUGUUGUACGUCAAGAUGUUUCCUUCUGACGUUAUGUGUCGUGCAGUUGAUUGCUACUAUUGAGCGACAAAUUUUUGAUUUUCUUGGAUAUAUGUGGUCACCAAUUGUUGUAAAUUUUGUCCAAAUUAUUGUUGUGAUAUUAGGUUUUUUUGGAGCCUAUCAGUACAGGCCAAAAUAUAUUGCUAUUUAUAUAGUAUGGACAUUGUUAUGGUUAGCCUGGAAUAUUUUUGUGAUAUGUUUUUAUUUAGAAACAGGAGUAUUAAAUAAGGAUUCCAGCAUUCUCAAUAUGGGUACAGGAAGUAAAAGCUGGUGGGAGAUGCACGGCAUAGGAUGCAAGUCAUCUUUCAAUUUUUCAGGCAUUCCAGAGGAACAGCACUUUUUUCCUCUUCCAACCACUGUUGAGGGUUGUAUUUUACAAUAUUAUUAUGUAGAAUGUAUACAAGCUGGCAUCCAAUGUUUUUUAGCUCUUUGUGGAUUUGGAUCUGCUUGUUAUACAUUUUAUGCAUACACUCGAGAAGAUGAUACUUCUACAGCAAGGGUAAACUCCAGGAGCCUUCCAUAUAGCAUUGAAUAUCGUUCUCAGACAUUACAUGAUGCUAAUGGCACCCUUUAUCAACGACCGAUGACACCACGUAAAGUGAAACAAAGAUCUACCAGAUCUAAACGGAGCAGUUCUAGACAAAGAUAUUAUCAAAAUCCAGUUACUAAACUAAUGGACAGUAAAUUAGAUAGUUCGAGUCAUGACAGUUACUGCACUGCUGACCUAUAUAGAGGACAGACAAACCCACUAUAUUGCAGUUCUAAACCAGAUUCUCAACCAGAAAUCAGGCCUAACUCAGUUCUUUAUUUUAAUGGAAGACCAAGUCCUAUUUAUAUGAAUGAUUCAGACACUGUUAUAUGACAAUGAGAUUUAUUUCUGCUAAUACUUUGUUACUAUUUCAGGAAGGGGACGUUUUAUAAUGUUUUAAGCUGAAAAUCG